AUGGCGCCAAAGAGGGAACUGAAACCUACCCCGAGUGAUGAUUCUGAUGUGCAAUUCGUUCCAAACAGAGCCUCGCGGUCUUUCCAAGCCCCAGCCUUCAACUUGGCUAGCAUGAUGUCUUCUGGUGGGCCCCCUGCGUCAACGACCAGAACCCCUACCAUGCCUUCGGGGAUUGCCAGAACUGGGACGAGUGCAAGGAGCGCGGCCUCGACCACCAGGGCAGACUUGAUGCCUGAACCCGUCCACUCUUCCGAUGAUUCCUCGCAGAAGGCGGCACCAUUCCAGUACCUGAUUGAAGGUGACAGCUACGCUUCUUACAGGUCACAGACCUUUGAGAUCCACGAUUCGGUGUACCCUCCUGAAUCGUAUUACCCAGACAACCAGCUUGGCCUUCUCGAGUCCCCGCCGAAGAUGGACUACGUGGCCGACACCCAGAUGGAUGCAGAUUCAGAUGCCUUGCCCCAGGAUGACUCCAACCCCGAACUCCACCGUGGGUUUGCCCACGAAGACCUGAGUCCCGUCCUUGAAGAGUGUGCCAUGGAUGACUGUGAGGAGAUGGAGACUCUUUUUUUGGCCGAGAAGGGUUCUCCUAUCCCUGAAGAUGCCUAUGCCUCCGCAGCAUAUGAUGCUACUCCAGAGGUGCCUGAUCAUGGGGUGACUGAACCUUCGGUGGCAGCCAGUCCGCCCAGUCCUGUUGAGUCUUUGGAGGUUGAAGAUUCUCCUAAGCCUGUUGACCCCACACAGGGCUUGGAAAGUCCUCAGGAGACUCCUGCUGUUGUUUCCCCUGAACGAGUGGAAAAGAAAAAGUGUGAAAGUGGAGGGUCGGCUCACAAGAGAAAGGCCCCCAAGGCCAAGGCAAAAACGCAGUCAAAAGCAAAGGCGAAGGCGAAGGCGAAGGGUCAAGGGAAGGGUAAAGCGAAAAAGGCCCCUGGAGGACCUGCAAAGCCCAAGGGGAACAUGAAAAAGAAAGACGAGAUCGAACGGAAGCUGCACAGUGUUUACUCCUGUGCCCACUCACAUGCAUCCAAAGUUGCAAAGAUGUCGAAGGAGGAUGCCAAGAAGAUGGCCCAUGAUGCACGCCGGGAGCGCCCCAGCAGAUAUCACAUUUUGGUUGUUGUGACCAUGUUGGAAGAUCUAAAGGCAGAAGUCGUUGCAGAAGGGACGACGGAGGAAACCAACUACAAGAAGUUUUCGGACUUUUGCAGCAGCACUCAGAAGGCCAAGGAGGAUGCUGUGAAAUUGGGUGAAGAUAAGUCAGAGGAGCAUACGGCGGGCAUCACCCAAAAGACCAGCAGCUAUGAGGAGACGCUGGCGGAAAUCGAGGAAAGGAAGACCAAAGGGGAGACGUUGAGCUCGGAGAAAGAGGCCAGCGUGGCGCAGUGCAAAGACGACCAGGAGAGCUUCGAAAGUUCCGAGGCGGACCUGGCCGCCGCGGUGGUGGGCUUGGAGUCGGCCGUCUCCAAGAGCGAGUCAUUGGUCCAGCUUGGCCAUCUGCAGAAGAGUUUGGACCUGGCGGAGGCGCUGGGCUUUUUGCAGAGCCAGAAGAAAGCGCAAACCCUGUCGCUGCUGCAAGCUGCGCCCUGGUUGGAAGAGGCGGGAGCCGAGUACAACAAGAAGGAUUACGCCUUCCAGUCUGCCGGGGUCGUCUCGACCUUGCAAGAUCUCUUGAAAGAGUUCCGGGAAGAGAGGAGUAAGGGCCAGGAAGAGUGGAAGAAGACCAAACAGGCAUGUUCCGAUUUCGAAACCUCGCGCAGCAAAGAGAUCUCCGACAACAGCGCCGCCAUUAGCGCCGCGGAGACGACGGCGGCCACGUUGAAGGGCGACGUGGCGGAUGUGAAGCAACUGCUGCUGGAGACGCAGAACAGCCUGAAGGAUGACCGCGCCUACCUUGCCGAGCUGAAGACCAGCUGCAGCAGCCGUGACAGCGACUUCCAGCAGCGCAGCAAGAUGCGAAGCGACGAGACGAAGGCCAUCGAACAGGCGAUCCAAGUGAUGAAGGAGAAGGCUAUGACCGAUGAGGCCGCAUCCUUCCUUCAGACCGAGAGCCAUGAGAGCCACGAGCGCCAGCACUUUGAGGCCACGGCGCGGCGUGCCGCGUCAGGCACCUCGGCCAGCACGGCGCUGCGCGGCGCCGCGGCGGCGGCGCUGCAGCGCCGGGCGGCGGAGCUGCAGAGCCGACGCCUCGCGGGGCUGGCGCUGCGCAUGCAACGGGAACCGGACAGCGUGGCGGUGAACCCCUUGCAAGCCGUAAAGGACAUGGUUCAGGGCCUCGUAAAUCAGCUCCUAGAGGAAGCAGCAAAGCAAGCCACGCAGAAAGGCUUCUGCGACUCGGCCAUGGGCAAGGCCACCAUGGAGCGCGAGCGACGCCUGCGCGAAGCCAAGAAGCUGAGCGCCAAGCUGGGCUCGUUACAUUCCCAGAGAUCUGAGCUGUUGGAGGAGAACGAGCUCUUGAAGGACGAAGUGGCGAACUUGGAGAAGGAUCUCUUGGCCGCCACGGAUCUGCGCACGGAUGAGUCCAAGGAGAACUUGAAGGAAAUCAAGGAGGCCAAACAAGGCUUUGAGGCGACCAAGGAGGCUAUCGAGACCCUGGUGGCCUUCUAUAAAAGUGCGGCGCGCAAGGCGGCAAACCACGACAAGGCAGCGGCCGUGCUGGUGCAAACCACAGAGGAGCCUGAGGCCGGCUUUGAAGGCAGCUACGGCGGCAAGCAGACGGCGGCCAAGGGAGUGAUCUCGAUGUUGGAGGUGGUGCGGGACGACUUCGAAAAGUCUGCCAGCACAACCAAGGACUCAGAGGAUAAGGCAGCAGAUGAGUUUUCCAAACUGAAGUUGCAGUCCAAGACCGACAUCGCGGGGAAGACCACGCAGAAGAAGCUCAACGAGGAAGAGCUCGAGAAUGCGGAGAACGAGCUGAAGAGCGGCAAGACGCAGCUGCAGACCACCAUGGACCUCCUGGAUGGCGCACUGCGCACGCUGGAGGACCUGAAGCCGCAGUGCGUGGACAGCACCAUGAGCUACGAGGAACGCAAGGCCAAGAGAGAAGAAGAGUUGGAGGCCCUGAAGACAGCAAUGUGUACCUUGGAUAAGGAGGGCGUUGAGCCAAUGUGCAAAAAGUAGACCCAAUCGACGCGACACGACGUCGAGAGCUGAG